AUGGUGUGGGGCGCCAUCUCCUAUUACGACUCUGAGGUACACUUGCAGUGCGAUGUGAUUCAAUGUUAUGGACGUUGCAUGGAUGAUGAAGAUUGCAAACAAAUCGCUUUGGCUGGUGCGGGUGCGGGUGCGGUUGGCUUUAGCAAAGGUGGCAAUGCUAAAUUGGGUCCAAAUGAGGAGGGUUCUUUAGCGGGCACCACUGUGUUUGUGCUGGAUCCUUCGCAGGCGCCAUUGGUCACCAGCACAUGUGAGGACACCAUCAACCCACCAUGGCUGCUCUGGUUGGCCAUUACUCUCGGCGUACUCUUCCUCAUCAUGUUGUUGAUGAACAUUUUCCUUUGCACCGCAAUGAGUUGUAGUUGUGCGAACACCGAGAUCAUCGAAAAAGAACCAUCUAUCAUUGAAGAAUACGAUCCGUACAGAAGUUGGCACGGUAGCCAGUAUGGAUCGCGUUACUCACUGCAUGGGCGUGAUGCGCAUAAAGGCUACACAAGCGGUGGCUCGACGAUACACUCGAAUAGGUCGAUUCCCAUUGAUAACGACAAUUACGCAAUUGUACAUUCACGUCCCGGCUCUAGACAAACCGGACACGCGCAAGGACACCGCUCCCGCGGACCACCCAGUAAUAUGUAACACAAAUAAUGAAAAUAAUAAUUAUUAUAAUGCUAAUAACACUUACUAUUAAGUACAAUUCUAAGAUUGUUUGUUGGAAAGUAAAAUUAAUUACUUAAAAAAAUCAAAGAAAAUUGUAAAUAAGCUAGUUUCAGCGCUCUAACCUCAAACUCUACACACAGUCUCAUUUUGGCCUUGAACGCUUUACGAUAUUAACGAGUGCACUCAAGCUUUGCUGAGCGGCGAUGCUCUCAAAGUUUUGAGUGCGAAUUAAUUUUCAUCCAAAAACAAUUAAAAGCAAACUAAAAACCGUUACUUCUCCAUAUUAGUAAUAAAUAUUCGAAAUUCAAACUUUUGCACUGCACUAUAACUUCUAUGUCCUCGAAAAAAACUCAGAAAAAAAAACAAAAAACUCAAAUCUGUCUCAAUAUGCGCUACUGUAUUAUACUUGCGUCUUUUUGCUACUUCUACUUAUAUAUAACCCUACAUAAGUUAAGUUAAGUACGAAAUUUAUCAAUAUUAACCCAGUGUAUUAUUUUUUCCUUAAAUAACGAAAGAUAAAAUUAAGUCAUUAGUUAAAUAAGCGCGAACUAUAAAUUCUCAAAAAGCGAUUGGCAUUAAGACAAAUUUUGCAAAAUGUUAAAAAAAAUUUGAAAUAAAAUAUACAAAAAUUUGCAUGCCUUAUAAAUA